UGGCUUAUAAUGGUCAGAGGGGUAGAGGGUAUCUCUUAAAUAGAGUGUAUCGCUUGGACAGCUCUCCCUACUCAGUAGUGAUGUUCGUGACUCUCGGUCUCAGUUUCCGAGUUGGAAAUUUCUUGGGUAUUUUAGGCUUCUCGGGGUUGAUUGCCAGUCUCAGUCUCUCGGCUUUUUUUAACUCCCGAACAUCUCCCUACUCAGUGGCCAGAUAAAUUCAAAGAAAUGUCUCUUAAAUAGAGGUGCAUCCUAUAAGGGAUGUAUCUUAUAACGAGAUCCUAAGCUUUCUUAACCUAAGCUUUCUUAACCUCUACUUAGCUCAACAAAAAUCACCUAGAAAUCCCUUCAAUGUCCAGAAUUCAAUUAAUAGUCGAUUCAGAAUAUUUUCUUCGAGAAUCUCCACAUCCCCAUUUAUUUGUUCAAUUAUUAAGAACACGAAUUAGGGGUACUUUUGGUUGGUCUAGAUGCUCUACAUUCUUUUUUGGAAUUAUUUUCUGCUAG